AUGUCUUCUCCGAACCUGUUGUCAACGGUCGAGCUGUCAGGCAGAAACGUCGUCGUUCAUGAGGAGCCCACCGUGCACAAUGGACUUUCAGGGCUAGACAGAGCCUUCCAGCCACGGUCUUAUCAGCUCGAGAUGCUCGAGGAGAGCAUGCGGAGAAACAUCAUUGUUGCUAUGGACACUGGAUCAGGAAAGACAUUUGUAGCGAUUCUGCGUAUACAAGCCGAGCUAGAACGAUGUCCAUCCGGUAAAUUGGUCUGGUUUUGCGUUCCAACGGUUGCCUUGGCCAUCCAGCAACAUGACGCUUUAUCGACCCAGCUACCUGCAUUUCAGGCAAGGGUGCUUUCGGGAGCCGACAAUGUUGAGUUCUGGACUGAACAGUGUAUAUGGGAUGAUGUACUCAAGGGCAUCGAUAUCGUCAUUUCCACACAUCAGGUGCUCUUGGAUGCACUCGUCCAUGGUUUUGUACAAAUGAACCAAUUAGCGUUGUUAGUAUUCGACGAAGCACAUUCUUGCACGGGCAAUCACCCAUCAAGCAGGAUACUGCGGGACUUCUACCAUGCAUCCCCGACUGAAGCCCGACCUUCGAUACUUGGCCUUUCUGCCAGUCCGGUUGUCAAUAGUAAGGCUGGAAAUCUUGGGUUACUUGAGUCCAACCUAAACGCAUUUUCCCGGACCCCAAAGAUUCAUCGUGACGAGAUGCUUCAAUUUGUGCAUCAACCUGAACUGAUCAAGCUCGUGUAUUUACCCAAUGGUCCACAAUUCAUAGCUCCUCAAGCUUUAGAGAGCCUAAGAAAAGUUUAUGAAGGCCUUGAUAUUGAGCAAGACCCUUGGAUCAUUAAGAUGAAGUCUGAUCCAAGUACUUGCAACGCUAAAGCUCUUAACAAAGCUUUGAUAAGCAACAGGACAUACUGCCACGAUCAGAUAAAGGGUCUGUACGACAAAGCACUAGCCGUUCAACACGAACUUGGGUCAUUCGCCACCGAAUACUAUAUACGACAAUGUGUCGCCAAAUUGCGACGGGGAGCGGGUCAAGGCUCCGUCAUAGAAGGCCUGGAAGACCGCGAGAAGAUAUAUUUACGGAGGAAAUUUGCCGAAGUUGUGGUCUUCGAACGAGACGGUUGCCCGUUGGAAAGCCAUCAUAUCACACCUAAAGUGCGGAGUCUGAUUCAAUGUCUGUGGAACAUGGACUCUACAACAUUCUCGGGCCUCAUCUUUGUGCGCACAAGGGCGGAAGUGGCUGUGUUGUCCCAUAUACUUUCAAUACAAGCCCCGUGGUUCAAAGUCGCAACAUUCGUAGGGGAGUCUGGUUUCUCUGGCCGUCGAAAUACAGUUGGCGACUUGGUGGACCUCAAAAACCAGAAAGGAACCUUGGAUGAUCUCCGUUUUGGCAGGAAGAACCUGAUUGUCACUACUAACGCCCUAGAAGAGGGUAUCGAUGUAUCGGCCUGCAACGUAGUCAUUUGUUUUAACAAACCUCCAAACUUGAAGUCUUUCAUCCAGCGAAGGGGUCGCGCAAGGAGGGCAGCGUCCAAGUAUAUCAUCAUGUUCGAGGAUGACGGCCUCCAAAAUAGCGCCGUGUCGACCUGGCUUGAGCUUGAAGACGAGAUGAGAAGGACGUACAUGGAUGAAUUGCGACUUUUCCAAAAGAUUCAAAGGCUAGAAUCUGUAGAAGAGACGGCCGAUCGAAUUUUUUUGGUUCAAUCAAGUGGGGCCAGGCUCACCCUAGACGACGCUGUUCAGCACCUCUAUCACUUCUGCGCUGUUCUGCCAGCAGCGCCAUAUGUGGAUCCUAAUCCAAUAUUCACGUUUGAAGAACAUUCCUCUGGUGGCGAUGGAAAAUCAAUCUCGGCGAAAGUAUUGCUGCCAAAUUCGGUCGAUGCCUCUGUUCGCAGCGCUUGCAGCAAAUCCACGUGGAUCACUGAAAAGAUGGCCCGAAAGGAUGCGGCCUUUGAGGCUUACAAAGCUUUGCACCAUGCAGGUCUUGUGAACGAUAACCUCCUACCAUUAGGACAUGUGGAUGAAGCAGUAGAUGAAGCGUAUGGCGCUGUUGAGAAGCGUCCAAGUAUUGUAAAAGUUUCCGACCAGAUUGACGUAUGGCCUUCUGUUGCACAGUGUUGGAACGAUUCAGCCCAUAUUUACGGAUCCCUCGUCAAAAUCGCGGGACAAAGCCAGGUCAGAACUGAUAUGAUAAUGCUACUGCCAGUCAGAACCCCAGUGAUUGCCGGUACAACCGACUUAUAUUGGGACCAAAACACCACGUUCCAAUUGGUCAUUGAGCCUGAAUCAACGAUCCUUUCCCCAGCGGUCACAGCUUCGGCUGCCCAGAUUACGUUUCUUUUGCUGGAAUCUGUUUUCAGAGGGAGGGUGGACUAUGGCCGUUACGACUUCACGGCCCUUUUCAUGCCUUCAAAUGGUAUGGACCGUCUAACGUGGCUGUCAUCUCAUUCAGGGGCAUUAAAAGCUGAAGAUCUUUGCGAUCAGGACGUUGGCAGAGAUGUUGGCCUUAUCAGAGAUCUUAGCCACAACGGAACAUUGCAUAUCUUUCAAGACGUUAUAUAUCCAUCUUUGGAAGACACACUCCCUGACGACACCACCAAAGCUCUUCAGAAUAAGAAUACCGAGCCUUGCUUGUUGGAAAAGACGCAGUGCCAACCCUCUGAAUGCGUGCAUGAUGGCAGCAUGCAGCUCGAUCGAGCUGAUUCCAGCCAUUGUGUUUAUUUGGAGGUGAAAAGAUUGCCGAAGAGAGCCGACUUUCUGCAUCCGGUCCCCAGCGGUAAUGCAAGUUUUGCCAAACAGUCUGGACUCCAGCGGCUGCCUGCGAACGAAUGUGAGGUGGGCAGGUUACCCUUCAGCUACUCCCGUUUUGCGAUGUUUGUUCCAUCCAUUCUUCACAAGGUCCAAGUAGCCAUGAUUGUGGAACGCCUUUGCAACACGGUCCUUUCCCCGCUACAAUUUCAAGAUCGAAGCCUUGUGACCACAGCGAUCAGCGCUUCCUCGGCACAUGAAGCUACGGACUAUCAGCGCCUUGAGACGCUUGGUGACAGCGUCCUGAAGUAUAUGACCUCACUGACCCUAAUGGCAGAACAUCUAAACUACCAUGAAGGUAUCCUUUCGCAUAAGAAAGACCACAUAGUGUCCAACAGCUCGCUUGCCACAGCAGCCAUGCGGACGGGAUUGGACCGAUUCAUCAUCACGAAACCAUUCACUGGCCAAAAGUGGCGGCCGCUAUACAAUGGUAGAUUAGCUGCGAACCAGCUCGAGCGCACUCGUGAGAUGUCUACCAAGACACUUGCGGAUGUUGUAGAGGCCCUGAUAGGCGCUUCAUAUCUUGAUGGGGGGUCACAAAAGGCAGCCACUUGUCUGGAGGUUUUUCUGCCAGAAGUACCGUGGUCCAUAGCUUUGCGGGCGAGCCAGAUACUGUAUGGGGUAUACAAGCUUCAGGUUCCGGUAUCCAAUCAUGUCGUCGAAGCCGAAAAGGUGAUCUCGCAUGACUUUAGCCUCAAAGCUCUCGUUGUCGAAGCCCUCACCCAUCCUUCCCACUAUGGACCCAACACCAGCUCAUCAUACCAGCGACUGGAAUAUUGCGGAGACGCCAUACUUGACAUCAUCGUCACCACGACUGCAUUUGCCCGCAACCCCCCUCUCCCGACGCACAAAUUGCAUCUUAUCCGCGCUGCUUUGGUCAAUUCUAACUUCCUUGGGUUUCUUUGCCUCACUCUUUCGACCUCCAUUAGUCGCUUUGAGGUUCUCGGCAACGUAUCACAGUCAAUCUCCACCACAGGUGUGUCCCGCCCCUUCUACCUAUGGCAGUCAAUGCGUCAUGCCUCGCCGUCUGUUGGUCUCGCGCAACAAGAUUGCCUUACGCGCUACAAGCUCUUCCACACGACUAUAUCAAGUUCUCUAGCUCAUGGAAACCAUUAUCCCUGGACCGCUCUUGCGCGGCUGCAACCGCCCAAAUUCUUCUCAGAUAUCGUUGAAUCAAUUUUGGGUGCCAUAUACAUCGACACCCACGGAUCUUUGUCUGAAUGUGAAAGUUUCCUCGAGCACCUCGGGCUGAUGCCCUACCUGCGCCGAGUCUUGGACAACGAGAUAGCAAUACUGCAUCCAAAAGAGGAGCUGGGCCAAUUGGCCGACCAAGACAAGGUCAGAUAUGUUCUCGGAAAGGAAGGUGAAGAGGGCGAGGAGCGUCUGACUUGUACCGUCAUUGUGGGAGAGAGGUCGAUUUUAAGGAUUGGGGAUGGUUUUAGCACCAUGGAAGUGCAAACGAGGGCGGCGGAUGAAGCAUGUAAUAUUCUGAGAAGGGAGAGGUCAAGUUCGGGUCACGGAGGCUGUAAAGAAGUUGUCAAAGUAACAAGGGCGGACGGACAGGGGGGGGAUGACGAGACAUUGAGUGAGGACGAGGAUGAAGUCAAGGAGGGUCAAAUAACAGGAGGGGCAGAGUACGACAGUGAUGAAAUAAUGACCGCUGACGAAUGUUAA